CCAGCUGCGACUUUAGUAGCCCUCAGCUUCAUCCCAGUAGAGGACCCAACGGCAGCGGUGAUCUUGCUGACUGUCGCCAUCGGUUUUAAUGGUAUGACCAUCAUGGGCUACCAGAUGAACCAUAUCGACAUCGCACCAAACUUCUCUGGCCUGAUGAUUGGUAUUUGUGGCAGUAUAGGGACACUGACUUCCAUCGCUGCACCACUUUAUGUGGGGGCUAUAGUCAAGGAGAACACCAUUCAAGAGUGGAGAAUUGUGUUCCUCACGGCAGCUGGAGUCUUCUUCGUGGGCAAUCUGAUUUUCGUUAUUUUCGCUGAUGGGGAAGUUCAACCUUGGAACGCCCCUAACUAUUCGAGAGGAAAGAACAAAGAAACUAUAGAAAAGGUUGCAGCUUGAGCAACUCUAAGAGACGCCGCUAGCCACAUGGAAUACAGUUUGAGAAACAAAAGUUUCUUCACAAUAAAACUUUACACAUAAAGAAAUCACAGGAAAGGACAGCUCUGCAAAACAUACACCUUUCCUGCAGCUUGAGUAACACACCAACGUCACUUGGAAGAAACAUACUCUAUUCGAUACCAAAUGUAUACAUGCCAAUAAAAAAUGUAGCAUCCACAUCAUAUAUGCAUGAACUACUACACCUACAACAGAAGGUUGACAGUUAUGAUACAAGAGAAGUGGCUGUGAAACUAUAACUUAAUCUAACUUAACAUGAUGUACCUGAAGAACUUUGAUGUAUGAAGAUGUGAUUCCGUCGAGACCAAGAGAUCUGAGGAAUCCGUAAUUAUAUCUGUGUAAGUGUGAGACGCGGAUAUUGUUUUUG